AAGGGAUAAAGCCAUCCAAAGGAGGGAAGGGAGGGAGAGGAAGGGGAGGAAGAAGAGACCGAGAGAGAAAGAUGGCUUCCUCGUCGCCCUUCUCGCCGCUUCUCCUCCCUGUAAAUUGCCGUCCUCAACCCCAAGAACCCGUUUCUCUUCUUCCGGCAGCCCUAGUUCAUUCUCCCUCCGCAGCUUCUCUUCGUUCCCGAUCCGCUCUCGGCGUUUCUAAUUGGACCAGAUCAAGGCUUCCAGCGAUCGCUGCUGUUUCUUCUUCUUCUUCUUCUUCUUCUGCUACAUCAGACAGCGGUGGUUCUCCAUUACACGCUCUUAUCUUUGAUUGCGAUGGCGUGAUCCUUGAGUCGGAGCACCUGCACAGGCAGGCGUACAACGACGCCUUCGCUCACUUCAAUGUCCGCUGCCCCUCCUCGCCGUCGCAGCAGAUAUAUUGGGACUCUGACUUCUACGAUGAGCUCCAGAACAGGAUUGGCGGGGGGAAGCCCAAGAUGCGAUGGUAUUUCGGGGAGAACGGAUGGCCGUCUUCGUCGAUCUCCGAGGAGCCUCCUGCUGGGGACGAGGAUAGAGCCCGGCUGAUCGAUACGCUUCAGGACUGGAAAACUGAGAGAUAUAAAGAGAUCAUUAAAUCUGGAACUGUGAAGCCCAGACCUGGUGUCAUUAGGCUUAUGGAUGAUGCUAAAGCUGCGGGGAUUAAGCUUGCAGUAUGCUCGGCUGCUACGAAAAGCUCAGUGAUACUUUGUCUUGAGAAUCUAUUGGGAGUUGACCGUUUCAAACAACUCAACUGCUUCCUUGCAGGUGAUGAUGUUAAGGAAAAGAAACCAGAUCCAUCAAUAUACAAGACAGCUGCGAAGAUACUGGGAGUGCUACCUGAGAAUUGCCUAGUGGUGGAGGACAGUGUCAUUGGCUUACAGGCAGCAUCAGGUGCAGAAAUGCAUUGUCUUGUAACAUUCACCUCCUCAACCGCUAACCAAGAUUUUAAAGAUGCAAUUGCCAUAUAUCCAGAUCUUAGUAAUGUCAGAUUAGAGGAACUUGAGUUGCUGCUUCGUAAUUCUUUAGUUGCCAGGUAGAUGUAGGAGGUUGCUCAAAUUUGGUGCAUGAAAAGUGUCCUUGUGUAUACUGAAUAUUCAUACAGAGGGAUGUACUGCCUGUUUAACAAGCAGUGGCAUCAUGUUUUCCACCAAUGAUAUUCAUUUAUUGGGUUGCUAAAUGCAUAUCCCACUAUGAAAUUUGUAUAUCAGUUGUUGGUCUCAUUUGAGUUUAAAUGUUCAACUAUCUGAAAGUCAUCCUUCAGUUCUGCAUUUGCCAA